CCAACUCACUCUCCUCCUCCUCCCUCCAUCUCUCCUUCUCUCCCUCCAUCCAAAUUCCUUUCUCCCCUCCUCUCUUUCUGUUCAGAUCCCUCCUUCUUUUCCCUCCGAGGCAGAAAGAAAGAAAGAAAGAAAGAAAGAAAGAAAGAAAGAAAGAAAGAAAGAAAGAAAGAAAGAAAGAGUGGGUGCCUGCGCUUGCUCUGAAGAGACAAAUCCUCCACUGUCCUCAUUCCCAAAACUUUCCGCAGGUGCACCUGCCUUGUUCCCAAACACCAUAGGGAUGCCUGGUGGCGUGAGCUUGCUUUUGGUGGCAGCGACGUGGGCCGUGGCCUCCCCUGCCGACACUUGCAAUAAAGCCCUUUGCGCCAGUGAUGUCAGCAAAUGCCUGCUGCAGGAAGUGUGCCAGUGCGAAGCAAACCGUGCUGGCUGCCCAUGCUGUCGGGAAUGCGCCUUUUGCUUGGGCAACCUUUGGGAGACUUGCUGCGACUGUGUGGGGCUCUGCGAUGAACGCCCUCUCUCCGCCCCUCGUCCAGCCCAGCGAAGCUCUAUGCACAACCUGAUGUCUCCCGUGCCCUCUCUUUUCCGUGCACUCACAGCCAUCUCUGACAACGAGUCUCCUAUGGGCUGGAGCAUCUUGACUCUGCCAGUUGAGGAGGAGCUGAGACAGAACCACGUAGAGACAGACCAUCUCUUGCUGGGGCCGCACACAGGCUUGGUUCUCCCAGAUGCUGAAGGCCUCAAUGCCACCGCACCACCUUGCCAGUCCAUUUUCUUCAACGAGUGCCUGUCCAUGAGCCGAUGCCGGACAGCUUGCCAGUCGGUGGGAGCCUGGCGCUACCGCUGGUUCCACAAUGCCUGCUGCCAGUGUGUAGGGCCCGACUGCCGAGGUUAUGGCGGGGCCCAAGCCAUUUGUUCCAACUGCCGGGAUUAACUCUCAGCUUUUCCCUUUACAUGUACAUGUACACAUAUGUGGGGCCCUCAACCAACUUAUUUACCUGCCUACCUCUCUCUCCCACCUUCCCUUUCUUCCUAUGCUGAGCGUUGUGAGCAAGACCAGUCCAAUACAUUUUUCAUAACAUUAUUUUCUAUGCUACUUCAUAAUUAUAAUUUUACUGCUGUUAUGAAUCAUCAUGUAAACACCUGAUAAAGGUAAAGGUUUUCCCCUGACAUUAAAUCCAGUCAUGUCUGA